AUGUGUGGUGUUUUUUUCCGUCCCAGGGUGUGGAGCGUGCGCUACAACCACAGCCAUGACCAGCUGGUGUUGACAGCCAGCAGUGACAGCCGCCUCAUCCUCUCCAACAUGGUGUCCAUCUCCUCGGAACCUUUCGGACACUUGGUGGACGACGAGGAGCUCAGCGAGGGCGAGGACAACCACCAGGAGGACAAGAGUAAGGAGCCCCUGAAGGACAGUGUGGUGUCUACCUACGAGGAGCAUGAAGACAGCGUGUAUGCUGCAGAGUGGUCGUCGGCAGACCCCUGGCUCUUCGCCUCGCUCAGCUACGAUGGCCGCCUCGUCAUCAACAGGGUCCCCCGCGCCCUCAAGUACCACAUCCUGCUAUGAGGAGUGACACAUCUGUACACAUGUGACGCUGAUAGAAGCGUAAAGAAUGACAUUCCAUUAUAACGUGGCACAGUACGUGUGCUGUGUGAGACACUGCAUCUGCUCGUGAGGGCAGCAAUGGUAAAAAGCGUGUGUGUGUGAUGUAAAUAAACUGUGACCCAUAUGUUCCAAUGAUAACUGUUAACAAUAAAAUGUAAAUUAAAGUUAAAAAAAAGCUAAUUAUAAUCGUUUCAUCAUGGCAUAAUUCCAUAAGAUUCUGUGUUGAAUCAUUUUGUGCAUAAAAAUAUGAUUGUAUUUGUUAUCAUUUAUAUAUUAUCUGUAUACAGGUGUUUACUAGUGCUCAGCUAUCAUUACAACUACUACAGUUAUAAAAUGCAGCUAUCUGAAAACAUGAUAUUUGGUCAAAGAAAACUAUGAGAACAAACUAUGAACACACCAUAGACAUAUUAUCACGUUAGAAAGUAAAUAUGGCAGACAGUUGCUAAGUUGCACGUGCACAAACAUUUUUAGAGAUAUUUUUCUGACCACUUCAACUUACUCCAAAUACCUUUUUGUUUUUUGUAAGUCCGAACCUUUACAGUUUAAAACCAAAAAAAUGAGCUGAAAGACGCUAAAAGGCUUGGUAAUAAUUUAGGCAUUGAUACAAAUUCUAAUUGUAUCACUAACUAAAUUAGGAGUGCUGCUUGCAAUACAUUUGUAAAGAUUAGAGCAUGGUCUAAAUGUUAAAUAAAGAAACAUCUCUCAACACAAAUACGCUGCCCAUUCCCCUUUUCCAUGACAUCACAUCUUCGGGUGUGGUCACGCGUUCGACAUGAAGCGUUCAA